AUAUAUGGUGAAAAGAUUUUGAAAUUUAACCACUUCCUAGUUACGAACUGAUCUCAGCUGAAAAUAUCAGGUAAAAGAAUAUAAUGAAUAGAAUAAUUUUUAUAUGGUGAAAAGAUAUUGAUUUUAACCACUUCCUAGUAACGAACUGAUCUCAGCUGAAAAUAUCAGGAAAAAGAAGCCAUGGUAAAGAGAACGGUCUAUAUCCGCGUGGUGUUCCUGAAGGUGGGGGAAAUUGACACGGUCAAGGAGAAAUACUUUGCCGAUGUCUUCGUGCAGGCAAGAUGGCGGGAACCGGCAUUGGAUCACAGUCAACAUUUCGAAAACAGUAACUUGAACGACUACUGGGGUCCCAAAAUAUCUGUUCAGAAUGUAAUCGACUCUAAGAAGAAGAAAGUAAUUAAAGAGUUGAAUUUUACCCCCAAUGGUGAGGCUUUCAUUACGGAGAAAAGAAAAAUUAGUGGACAUUUCUCGGAGAAGCUAGAGCUGAUGGACUUUCCGUUUGAUCACCAGUAUUUGAACCUGAUCAUUACCUCUGAGCUCCCCGCCACUGAUCUGGAGUUCCAGGAGGACAGGGACGAGCUGAGUACCAUCAAUGUGUCCUGCUUCGUGGACGUCCAGGAGUGGUCCCUGUGUGACUACGUGUCCUCCGUAUCCUACACAGAAUCCAAAGUCUUCUCUCAGAAACGGAACGUCAACACCAAAUUUCCCGGCAUUUCCGUCGGAUGUUGCGCAGUCAGACGCGCGGGAUUCUUCGUCUGGAACGUUAUCGUCAUCAUGACUCUUAUAUGUGUCACUUCCUUCGCCACAUUCGCAGUCAGUCGCAAGAAUACUGAGAACCGGUUAGGGCUGUCCAUAACUCUCAUGUUGACGGCGGUCACCUUCCGUCUGACGACGAACGCUAAUCUCCCCAAAAUAUCCUAUCACACCCGCCUGGACAAGUUUAUCCUGGCCAACAUGUUCUUUAACUGGCUGGUGACGGCCUGGCACGCAGUCAUAACGAGGUUCGACGAUGACCUACAAGCGACAAUAGACAUCUGGGCCUUCCUCGUCUUCCUCAUUGGAUACGGGCUCUUCCUAGUCGUCUUUGUUUCCUUAGUGCUCAUUACAUAUGUGUUACGAAAUAACGAACUACAAUCAAAGCUGAAGAUAUACGAGGAGAAGGCGGAGAAGUUACUAGGCGGCCAUUGGAAGGAUUCCCGCUCGAAGGAGCAGGUGGGCGUCACAAUAAGGAGACGUGGGGGAUUGUCCUACGCCACGCCAGGGACAGCGUCGGCUGUGUAUCCCAUGGAUACCUGAAUCACAGCCUCCUUCUGGACUCCACCAGAUACACUUGUGAUAUUAAAUCAAAGACAUUCCAUUUAUUUUUAUAUAUACAUUUUUAUGCAUAAUUACCAAGAGUUUCAAUAUAAAUGAAUGGUGAAAAAAAACACCGUAAAACUUGCUAAAAACCACAGCAUGGUCAGAAAUGUUUCCAUUGUUUUACCUGGUGGCAACAACUAAACACAAACGCAAACUUCAAAACAAUGAGAAUGUAUGCUGACAUUGCUCUCUCUCUCUCUCUCUCUCUCUCUCUCUCUCUCUCUCUCUGUGUGAAUAAUAAGAUACUAUUCGUGCUUCAUUCUCAGCUUUCACAAAGAUAAGCAUAUUAAAGCUUUACACGUAGAUUUUUUUAUAUUUAUUAAUUCAACAAUUACAAUUUGUGUUACUAAACCAAUACAAAUAAAUCAUUUUAAAAAUGACAGUAGUGUAAAUAGAAAAAAUGACAAGAAGUUACUAUGUCAAAAAUGUACCGUAUCUUGGGGAUUACUACAUAUACACAAAUUAAAACAUAUUUCAUGUUCAUAUAUAAACUCAAAAAUGACUGUAGUGUAAACAGAAAAAAAUGACUAGAAGUUAUUAUGUCGAUAUUUGACCGUAUCUUGGGGGUAACUA